GAUGGUCACAAUGGUCCCUGCUGGCCUUGAAGCUGUGAAUUUAGAUAUUUUGCAAUGUGGCUUUUUUCUGAUUUGGAAGAGACCUCGGACUCUCUGGGCAGCAUCUCAGCUAAUGCUGGGAGGGGGUCCACAGCCCUGAUUUCAGAUGUGGGGUUAUGCCCCUCUUCAGGGUGCAUGUGGCCUCAGCUGAAUAACUGUCCACCCUGCCCCUUUGGCUUGCCUGUCCCCUAGCUCCCAGUGCCUUGCCAAUCCCAAGCACUUCAGAACUCACGGGUCAGCCCAUCCCCCCCAGUCAUGUGAUGUUUAAAGAUAAACCAUUUGGCUUCUUUCCUACACUGGUGUUGGCGCCUUUGGCUGCACUUGGCUCACGAUUUCCAGCUUUCCUCCCCAAGCAGGGCGGCCAGAACCUGCCUUGCUUCCGAUCAGAAGCAGAAUCUUGUGUAAUUCUAGGACUCCAGGCGCUGGGACUUUAAAUACUGCCCAAGCUGGCCCCUGGGUGUCUUUGGCUGUGAGUUCCAGGGGCAAGUCCCUGGCUUUGGCUUGCUUGGUAAAGAGCCUGGUGCCCCUCAGGGGAUGGGAUCAUACCAAUAAACACUGUGAUGUGUAACGAGUCUUCUGUGAGCGUCCCCCAUGUCCCUCAAGGAAGGGCACGCUGGGAUAGUUGGGCCUACAAAUGGCCAAAUGAAAAUGACCUGCUGAAAUCAUGCUUGGUAGAAACAGACCCUGUGGAAGCCAGAAGUUAAUGGACCGAAAUCGGUGUGACAGAUAUUAUGCCUAGUUGGUGGACAAAAUAAGGUGGAGGAUGAACUAUUCAGCCACUUUCCCUCUUUCGGGGUUUAUUUAAAAAAGGACAUUGGAAAAAAACAUUUUCAUCUCUCGUCCUAUCUUUCAUCCUAGCUCAGCCCAGCUCUGACCCUGAACUAGAGGGCGCAGACCAGCCAGAAUAACUUUCUCCGAGGAGGAUGGCGGCUGGCCUUGCUCUGGUUUAAGGAGCUGUAUUUUCAUCAUGCAUGCUGAAAAUCAUCAUGACAUCCGCCCUCCGCCAGCUCACAGAAACAUCCUGUGGGCGCCGCCCCCUGAUGUCUGGCUACAGCGGGAUGCGGAUUGUGGGUGGCGUAGAUGCUCUGCCGGGGUCCUGGCCCUGGCUCGUCAGCAUCCAGAUCCCCACCCGAAUGGGCCCCCAGCAUUCAUGUGGUGGGUCCCUCAUCAGCACUCGCUGGGUCCUCACAGCAGCUCACUGCUUCAAAGCCAAGAGAAGGGUCCUGGCUCGGUGGAGGAUUGUGAUUGGCAUCUCAGAGCUCUCCCACCUGUCAGACUUAGUGCAGAUCCGCUCAGUGCACAGGGCCGUGCUGCACCAGGAGUACAAUCCACGCAAGGAGACAAAUGACAUCGCCCUCAUCCAGCUUGACCGCCCUGUGACCUUUGAUGACCUCACACAGCCGGCCUGCCUGCCCAGCGCACUCAUGGCUGUCACCACCUUCUCCCCCUGCUACAUCAGCGGUUGGGGCACCACCACCCAGAACACUGUGCAGACAGCCGACAUCUUGCAGGAGGCCAAGGUGCAGCUCAUUGACACCACAACAUGCAACAGCAGCCGCUGGUACAAUGGGGCCAUCGCCAGCAACAACCUGUGUGCCGGGUACGAGCAAGGAGGCGUCAACAGCUGCCAGGGGGACAGUGGGGGACCCUUAAUGUGCAAAGAUGAGGUCACAUCCCGGUAUUACGUGAUUGGCAUCACCAGCUGGGGCCAAGACUGUGCUCAGGCCUACAAGCUGGGCCUAUACACCUCUACCCAGCCCUUUCUGGAGUGGAUCCUGGCGAACACUGGGUUCCUGGAGCCCGAGGAGAAGACGACGCCUGAGGAGAUACUGCCACCACAGAUCGUGCCCCUCCAGUCUCCUGCUGCUGCCACCAAACUCGCACCUGUCCUGCUCCCUGUCCUGCAAGAGCCAGUUGCCCUGCUGGAGCCACCCUACAUACCUCCAGAGCCACCCUACAUACCCCCCGAGCCUGUCACCCCCCUGGAGCCACCCUACAUAUCUCCAGAGCCACCCUACAUAUCCCCCAAGCCAGUCGUCCUCCUGGAGCCACCUUACAUACCUCCUGAACCACCCUACGAACCCCCAGAGACACCCUACAUCUCCCCAGAGCCAGCCAUUCUCCCAGAACCAGUGAGCCCACCCAGACCAUUCCUCACCCACAAAGCCAUUUAUACCCCACAAAUUAAUCUCCCCAAAGCCAGUUAUCCCCGCAGACCAGUAAUUGUUCUGAAACUACUGAUCCCCUCAAAGAUAUACACCCACACCCGUCACAAAGAGAGCAGCCCCUCCCCACCAGCUGUCUCGGCCCUGUCUGCACCCCAGAGGCCUGGAACCGCCUAGGACUUUAAGAAUGACUGAGACAAACUGGGAAGAAGAGUCUUGACUCCACCUCUGGGGGGAAUGUAGUGGCUGGAGGGAACCAGCAGUGCCUGUGCCCUGAGGGACAGUGCAUUACAUGUGUUGAAUUUC